AUGGAUUUAAUUUAGUUAUCAUCGAUGAUAUUAAAUACACUCUUAUAUGCGACACUAUAUGUGAUGAGCAAAUAUAUCUAUAGAAUAUAGAAAUAGAAAUUGUCGACAAAUGAUAAAUAAUUGGCUAAGGCAUUCCGAUAUCAGAGAAGGAAAAUAAAAAUUAUAAUUAUGGGUUUGCCUACAUUGCUGUGUUUCGCUUAAAACUAUUACAAUUUAUGCCUGAGAUACACAUAGACAGAAAAAUUGAAUAUUUUUGAGUGUUUAAAAUAAUUUGAUACUGAAAAAAUAGGGAUGGGAAUUUUGACAUCCUUUUAUAUGACACUUUUAUUAUACAUUGGCCCUGUGUAUUAAGAAUUUUGGAAUGGGAAUCUGAGGGAGAAAUUCGGUAAAAUUAAGUUCAACAAAUUCAGAUGGGAUUAUUUUACAAAGAUUGUUAUUACUCCUUUGAUAGAUGAAAUUAUUUUUAGAGAAUUAGUAAAUAAUGCUGUGAAUGUUAGAUAUUAAAAUAACAUUGAGUUUAUCAUUUAUUCAACAUUUUUAUAUAGCCUAACGAAAUCAUUGUCUUAUUAAUUAAAGAACGGAUAAUUGUCACGUUAUGAAUUCCUUAAAACAUUUGUAUUAGGAUUGUAUUUGUCUUUUGUCUUGGUGUAGACAAAAACAAUAGCAACAGUUAUCAUCAAUCAUGGACUCAUGAAUUUUAUGGGAAGACCGAACUUUUUGGAUCUAGUAAAAGGAAAGUACAGCAAUGAAUAAAGAUAAAAAAUGAUACAGUUUUAUGUCCUCGGUUUCGUCGCCUUUCUAAUUUUUUGUGUUUUAGUUUUGUGA